UCACCAAGCCACCGCUUCCGAGUCGGGAGCGGAUCACAGUGGUGAAAAUUGUUUUGUUGGCGCACAGUAAACGGAUCGCUCCACUGAGCAGCAGCCGCGCCCAAAGUUAGAGCUACACUUUAAAAAACAUUUGACUUGAAUGGGAAGUUAGUUCAAGUUUCAGUUAAAGUGACUGAGGAAUGAUGGCAUUCUUCGGUAGAUUCUGGAAGCUCUUCCUCCUCUGUGCAUGAAAUUUGUAAAUGAAACUGAUAACCUUAUCAGUUUUACGAGUUUUUAUGCCUAUUUUUAAGUGAUUAUUUUAUUCAUUUCUACUGUACUAUAAACACAAGCCGUAAGGAAUAAUUAGAUGCACGUAACUCUGAACGCGAACGUGGUGGGGGCUGGCGGGGCUUCGCAUGCAAAUGUUGCUGCUCCGCGGAGGCUGAUGCUGAGGCAGCAAUGCAAUCGACACCGCCGACGAAGAUAAUGAUGGAUUAGUGGCAGGAGGGACGAGUGGGGGCAGGCUGGCCCAUAGUAGUGUGCCACAUGGGGCAGCCAUGGUGCACUGAACUUGAUUACCGCAUCCAUAUAAAAACCACAUCGAUGCCAGCCGGCCCCCACAGUAUUGAAAGCGAACGCGAGCCACACGGUAUUCGGUAUUCGGUGUCGAGUGGUCAGAGUGGACCACCAGAAGGAUUAAUUAAAGGACCUGCUUAUUCACCGAUUCACAGAAUGGCCAAUGACUCCCCUCGAAGUCAAUCUCUGUCGGGCUACCUCAUCGCAGUAAUGUUACUCCUGACUGCGACAGGAAUCCAGACAAGACGCCUCUCACAUCGCCGCCUCAUCAUCCACGUGCCGGUCAAGGUGAAGACCCACCAUCACACCCACACCGUCUACAAGGUGCUCCACGGGUCCGGCGGCGGCGGAGGAGGCGGCGUGAAACAAACUGUCUACAAAGUGCUCGGCUUUUCCACACACGGCGGCGGAGGGGGCAUGGCCAAGGGCGGCGGAGGAGGAGGCGGCUCCCACGGCAGCUACGACAUGGGAGGAAUGGGCCACGGCGAAAUCACGUACGAGGACAUGCACGGGUGCGAAAGCGGAAAGGUGAUGCCGGCGGGAAGGGACAUGAUUUUCAAUCACUACUCGCGACACGGCACCGGACUGGAGGACGAGGACUACGCCGAGGACGACGACUUCAUAGACCUUAGGGAUGGCUGGUUGUGAAUAAAGACAUUGCCGAUUAAUUAUAAA